AUGGAACUAGCGUUUCUGAGUGUACAGUCCGGCGACGUCUCAAAGACUGGCAGAUUACCAAAUAUCGACCACGCUCUAAGUGAUAAGGAGAUUCUUAGAGUCUUAAAGUCUGAGGAUACUGAUAUCGGUGAGAGAACAUUAAGGAGAAUCCGUACAGAGCUUGGAUUAGUACGCCGGACAGAUGACCCUGUAGCUCAGCAACUCCAGGAGAAUGAGAUCAUCCAAAUACUCCAUCAAGAAAUAGGGCAGACUAUGAUUAAGGGCUAUGGAAGGGAGUUUCUUCUUCAGCAUCUUCGUACAAGGGGUUACACUAUUGCUCGUGACCGGCUUUGGGCUAUAUACCGUACGCUUGCACCUGAAGACCUGGAUCGCCGUGCUAAUGACCUCCAACGCCGCCGUGGUGCUUAUAUUGUUCCUGGUCCAGAUUGGCUAUGGUCUACAGAUGGCUAUCUAAAGCUGGAGCCGUACGGGAUUGAGAUAUAUGCUGCAAUAGAUGCCUACUCUCGAUAUAUUAUCUGGAUAUAUAUUGGUAUUUCAGCUCGUACAGCAGUUAGCGUCCUCAAGCAGUAUCUUAAUACUCUUGAGGAGAGGCAAAUUAUGCCACGGAAGCUCCGUACAGACCUUGGAGGAGAAACAGUUAUCUUUCGGGAUGCCCAUUAUCAACUCCGCCAAGUGUACGAGCCUGAUCUAUCUCUAGAGGACUGCUAUAUCUACGGACGGAGUACUGAGAACCAGCGAAUUGAGUCAUGGUGGGGACAGCUUACUAAAGCACAACUUUUUAAAUGGCGGGAGUACUUUAAAACAGCUUUUAGAUGA